UUUUAAUUGUUUUUACGUUACAUUAGUGUUUGUUAACACAGAAUAAUGGAAUUUUAUAGAAGCCAAUCAAAGAUGAAGAUGAUACGACAAUAAAUUUUAUUCUUUGAGAGAAAAAAAAUAUCAAUAAAAUCAUAAAUAUCAACGGUUCAAUUAGAUAUAAUGAGAAUACAAGACUUUAUCAAGCAUUUAUUGUCAAUGUAUUGAUCUUAGUGUUGUCAAUAUACUCCCCUCUAGUGAUACAAAUCCGCGAGGUGGUUAUGUAUAUAUUUGAAAACAAUUGUCUCUAAUUUUUAGGAAUUAACCUUUGUAUUGAAAACACAUGCGCAGACUUAAUAUAGUGAGAGAAGAAAUGGACAGGCUCGUAACGUGUUAUUGGUUGGAUACAGAUACAAUUUCUAUUUGACAUUUUGUUUGAAGGAUAAGAAAUAAUUGAUGAGAUACGUAAAAGAUAUUAUAUUUGUAAUGACACACUGUUAUAACAUAUGUAGUAUAAAACACGAAAUAAAGAUUUAAUAUAAUGGAAUAAUGGAACGUAUAAAAGGGAGAAAUUCACCAAUAUAUAGAGCUGUUAAAACUACCGUAGAUUUAGAACGUUACAUUUUAUUUCAAGGAGAAAGCCGGUUAUCUUUCUAAUUAUGAAAUAUGGUGAGAGACUGGUCAAUGUUAGCUGAUAAAAUUUAUUAGUGGGAGCAUUUGAUGACAGUGCUAUGAGUUCAGUGGUUGAAGAUCCUGGAAUUCCUCUCGUCGGAAUGAACGGGAAUCACGUUCAGUACAAGACAUUAAACGAGUCUACAGAUAGUGUGACUCCAAAAGUUAUAGGACGAUUUGAAACGGUGGGUAGCCGUCUUGCGAAGAGGAAAGAAUUAUAUUAUCGGCGCAAACGUGCAAAUGAUGCUGCUCUGGGAUUUGCAAUAGCUGGAAUAUUUUUGAUGAUUAUAGAAACUGAAUUAACGCAUGCUGAAGUAUUUACAAGGAGAGAACUUCCAUCGUAUCUGAUCAAAAUGAUGGUAACUGCCUCGACAGUUGCGCUUUUAAUAUUUCUAUUUAUUUAUCAUAGACUUGAUGUUAAACUUUUCAUCGUAGAUAACAGCGUCGAUGACUGGAAAAUUGCAAUGAGUCCAAGACGAGUUGUUAAAAUUGUUGUAGAAUUCUGUACAUGUAUUAUACAUCCAAUACCUGGUGAUUUUACAAUAUGGUGGGAACGAACUGUUUCUCAAGGGCAGAUAAGUCGUACAGACGACGUACCACUAGACGUUGUUUUGUCUCUACCAAUGUUUUUACGUUUGUAUUUGGUAUGUCGGACAGUGAUGUUACACAGCCGUCUUUAUCAAGACGCGUCAUCUCAAAGUUUAGGAGCUUUAAAUCGGAUUCAUUUUAAUUUCAGGUUUAUAUUUAAGUCUUUCAUGGCCGUACAUCCAACCUAUAUUUUGACAUUGAUCAUUGUGUGUAUGUUCUUUGUAGCUAGUUGGUGUUUACGAUUAUGUGAGAUGUAUGAUAGUUCUCCCGAUGAAGCAGUUCAUGCGAACUACCUAAAUUCAAUGUGGCUGGUAGCUAUAACAUUCCUGUCCGUUGGAUACGGGGAUAUUGUACCAAGUACGUACUGUGGAAGAGGAAUAGCAGUAACUACGGGAAUAUUUGGUGCUGGAGUUACCGCACUUGUUGUGGCGGUUCUGGCAAGAAAACUUGAACUUUCAAGGUCAGAAAAAUAUGUACAUGAUUUUGUAAUUGAUGUCGAUUUAGAUAAACGUCUAAAAAACGAAGCAGCGAAUGUAAUGAGGUCUGGGUGGUUCAUUUACAAAUAUAGACGAAUCAAGCAGAACUCAUCCAAUAGUUUAAAUUACCAAAGGAAGUUACUAGAGGCUAUAUACAACAUCCGGGAAAUAAAAGCCGCACAAAGACGAUUGGUUGAUUCUUCUACGACACUAGUGGAACUUUAUAAAUCUCACUCCGAAAUGGCAAGGUCAGUCGAAAAUGUAAAAGUAAGGCAAGGAAUUUUAGACGACAAAAUGGACAACUUAGAAUCAAAGAUACUUUCCAUUCAUGAAAAACUAAAUGCUAUCCAUACAGCUGUAACACAGAAACAAAAAUAACAUAAAGUAAAUACAAUGAUAAACACCGCUUACAAUUUGGCAGGGAAUUUUAAUGCUUAUAAAAUUGUUGAAAUUUAAAAAGAUUAACAGUCAGUCUUAACGUAUUCAAUAAAUCAUUUUACUGUGCAUUUAAUUUUUUCCUCAUAAAUGAAAUUACCAAUUGCGUAUUGAAAAUUCUUACACAUUUACCAUAAAAUGGACCAACUAAAAUUAAGAAUGAAAAUGGGGAAUGUGUCAAAGAGACCUGACCAAACAUCAGACUAUUGUCUUCCUUUCUUUACAAACGUUUCCUUAUUUGCCUGUAAUAAAAUAUAAUGAUGAUUGAUUGAAUGUUGGUGUUUAACGCCUCUUUAUGCACUAUAAUUGACUUUAUCGUGGUGGUCAGUGGCUGGAGUGACUGACGAGAAUCAAAGACCUUCGACAGGAACACUAACAAUGCUAGUAAAUUAAGAUUGCACUCGAACACACAUGCCAUGUGCGGUAUUCCAACUCACAACGUCAGUGUUAAUACAAAUGUUGAUUAUAUUGCAAGUAUACUACAAAUCUUUACUGUCCUUUAUUUUAAAUAUAAUAUUUCGAUAAGGAAAAACACAUUCUUUAAUAGAGGGUCACCCGAGCUGUGCAGAUCAAAUGAUGUAUGUCAAUUACUAACACUUGAUCUUCAAACCUUUAAACGGAAAUAUAAUUUAAACCUCAAAUGGUUUUUUCUUAUAAUAUAUUCAUAUAUAGAU